AUGAGGAAUUACACAGACCGGGUGGUGUGUGGGGCGGUGUCUUCAUCAGUCGGUCGGAUGUGAGGGUAAGUGGUAGUCGUGCAGUUUAAGUCAAAAGUCGAAGACGAGCUCUUAAUCCAACGAACACGCAAACGUGUUAAACGAAUAAGAAUUAAAACAUAAAUUAUCAACAUUUCUAGAAGAUUAACGGAUAAAAGCUGCUUACAAAAUGGCGACCGAUUCGAACAUCCUAGAUAUGAAUCGUGAUCCCGAAUUAAGAUAUUUGAUUGUGGAUAGAAAUGUUAUUAACGAUCCGGCUGCCCAAGCGGAAUGGACGGCGAAGAAGUUAAUUUGGAUACCCCACGACUUAAAUGGAUUUGUUAUGGGCAGCAUCAAAAAGGAUCGGGGAGACGAAUACGAAGUCGAAAUUAUCGAAACGGGUCGAAGGUGCGUGGUGAGUAAGGAUGAUGUCCAGAAAGUGAAUCCGCCGAAAUUUACAAAAGUCGAAGACAUGGCCGAAUUAACUUGCCUCAAUGAAGCAUCCGUCCUUCACAAUCUUAAGGAUCGCUAUUUUUCGGGAUUGAUCUAUACAUAUUCUGGACUUUUUUGUGUAGUAGUAAAUCCAUAUAAAAAGUUUCCGAUAUAUACAGAAAAAGUAAUCGAAUUAUACAAAGGUAAAAAACGACACGAAGUUCCGCCGCACAUAUUUGCUAUUACUGAUGGUGCAUACAGGAGUAUGCUUCAAGAUCGUGAGGACCAAUCCAUACUUUGCACUGGUGAAUCCGGUGCGGGUAAAACUGAAAAUACGAAAAAAGUGAUUCAAUAUUUAGCAUAUGUGGCUUCCUCCAAACCUCGUACUUCUGUAGCAGGUAUACAUUCGUAUCAACCUCCUCCUGUCAACAUUAUUGGAGAAUUAGAACAACAACUUUUACAAGCAAAUCCCAUUCUUGAAGCUUUUGGGAAUGCAAAAACAGUGAAAAAUGAUAACUCUUCCAGAUUUGGUAAAUUUAUUCGAAUAAAUUUCGAUGCUUCGGGCUUCAUUGCUGGUGCCAAUAUUGAAACUUAUCUUUUAGAGAAGUCACGUGCCAUUAGACAAGCAGCUGACGAACGUUGCUUUCAUAUAUUUUAUCAGCUUCUGAAUGGCACAACUCCAGAACAAAAAAAAGAAUAUCUUUUGGAAGACAUAAAAAAUUAUACUUUCCUUACCUGUGGUAAUGUACCGGUUACGGGAGUGGACGAUGGUGUAGAAUUUAGGAAUACAACUAAAGCAAUGAGCAUUAUGGGUUUAAGUAACGACGAUCUAAGUGCCAUUUUUCGUAUAGUAUCAGCUGUUCUGUUAUUUGGAAAUAUGAAAUUUAGACAAGAGAGAAAUUCGGAUCAGGCAACUUUACCAGAUAACACAGUUGCCCAGAAAAUCAGCCAUUUAUUAGGUCUUAAUGUCACCGAAAUCACAAAAGCAUUCUUGAGGCCUCGACUAAAAGUUGGUAGAGAUCACGUCACUAAAGCUCAAACCAAAGAACAAGUAGAAUUUGCAGUUGAAGCAAUUUCUAAGGCAUGCUACGAGAGACUUUUUAAGUGGUUGGUUCAUCGCAUUAACCGUUCAUUAGAUCGUACUAAAAGACAAGGAGCUUCAUUUAUUGGUAUUUUGGAUAUUGCUGGCUUUGAAAUAUUUGAGUUGAAUUCAUUUGAACAGUUAUGCAUAAAUUAUACAAAUGAAAAAUUACAACAACUGUUUAACCAUACAAUGUUCAUUUUGGAACAAGAGGAAUAUCAGAGAGAAGGAAUAGAUUGGAGAUUUAUUGAUUUUGGUCUUGAUCUUCAACCUACAAUAGACCUUAUUGAAAAGCCUAUGGGUAUUUUGGCUCUCCUUGAUGAAGAAUGUUGGUUUCCGAAAGCGACAGAUAAAACUUUUGUAGAUAAAUUAGACAGUACUCACACUAUCCAUCCAAAAUUUAAAAAAUCUGAUUUUAGAGGCUCUGCAGAUUUUAGCAUCAUUCAUUAUGCUGGAAAGGUUGAUUAUUUAGCCAAUCAGUGGUUAAUGAAAAAUAUGGAUCCUUUAAAUGAAAAUGUUGUUUCAUUACUUCAAUGUGCCCAAGAUCCAUUUGUAGCACAUAUUUGGAAAGAUGCCGAAAUUGUUGGUAUUGGUGCGGCAACCAUGAGUGAUACGCAGUUCGGCGCAAGAACCAGAAAGGGAAUGUUCCGUACCGUUAGUCAACUAUAUAAAGAUCAGUUGGCCAAACUAAUGGUUACCCUUCGUAAUACCAAUCCCAACUUUGUUCGUUGUAUUAUUCCUAACCACGAGAAAAAGGCAGGUAAAAUUGAUGCACCCUUGGUCCUGGAUCAGUUACGUUGCAAUGGUGUAUUAGAAGGCAUACGAAUUUGUCGGCAAGGCUUUCCCAAUCGUAUUCCAUUUCAGGAGUUCCGUCAGAGAUAUGAAUUACUAACACCAAAUGCAAUUCCAAAAGGUUUUAUGGAUGGAAAGUUGGCAUGUGAGAAAAUGAUUAAUGCAUUGGAUUUGGAUCCAAAUCUUUAUAGAGUCGGUCAAAGUAAAAUAUUUUUCCGUGCCGGCAUUUUGGCACAGUUAGAAGAAGAGAGAGAUGUAAAAAUAUCGGAUCUGAUUGUACAGUUUCAGUCGUACUGUAGAGGUGUUCUUGCACGAAGAAACUAUCAAAAACGCUUACAACAAUUGAACGCCAUUCGAAUCUUACAACGUAAUUGUGCCGCUUAUCUUAAGUUACGUAAUUGGUCUUGGUGGAGACUAUACACUAAAGUAAAACCAUUACUUCAAGUAACUAAACAAGAAGAAAAGUUAAAUGAAAAAGAGGAUGAGCUGCGACAGGUGAAAGAGAAGAUGGAUAAAGCACAGCAAGAAGUUGAAGAAUUAGACAAGAAAUUACAACAGACUGUAGAAGAGAAAAAUACAUUAGCGGAACAGUUGCAGGCAGAAACAGAACUGUGUGCAGAAGCCGAAGAAAUGCGACUACGACUUCAAACCAGGAAGCAAGAACUGGAGGAAAUUCUUCAUGAUUUAGAAGCGAGAAUUGAAGAAGAAGAAGAAAGAAAUCAAACUCUGACAGCUGAGAAAAAGAAACUUCAAUUAAAUAUUCAAGAUUUAGAAGAACAAUUGGAAGAAGAGGAAGCUGCGCGACAAAAGCUUCAAUUAGAGAAGGUGACUCUCGACUCGAAAAUCAAAAAAUUAGAAGGCGAAUUUGCAUUUUUAGAAGAUAACAGUCAAAAGAUGACGAAAGAGAAAAAAGCAUUAGAAGAGCGUCAGACUGAGAUUUCUCAAGCUUUGGCCGAGGAAGAAGAAAAAUCAAAACAUUUAAAUAAACUUAAAAUCAAACAUGAAGCAACGAUAACGGAUUUAACGGAAAGACUGAGAAAGGAACAACAGCUUCGUCAAGAAUUGGAACGGGUAAAAAGACGACUGGAGACCGAAUUGAGUGACGUAAAAGAACAGCUGAAUGAGAAACGUGCUCACGUCGACGAAUUACAACAGCUUUUAGGAAGAAAGGAAGAAGAAUUGAGUCAAACAUUGGCUAAGUGCGAUGAAGAAGCUGUGGCAUUAGCAUUGUCACAAAAAACAUUGAGAGAAGUCGAAAGUCAGUUGGCGGAAGUACAGGAAGAUCUGGAAGCUGAGAAACAGGCUCGACUGAAAGCCGAAAAACAAAAGCGAGACCUUAAUGAAGAACUAGAAGCACUGAAAAAUGAACUGAUGGAUUCUUUGGAUAUAACUGCGACCCUGAAAGAAUUAAGGACGAAGCGAGAACAGGAAUUGGCAUUGUCUAAAAAGACGCUAGAAGAAGAGACAGCUGCUCACGAAUUACAGAUUGCCGAUUUGCGCCAGAAGCAUAAUCAGGCAAUCGAAUGUCUCAACGAACAUUUGGAUGCUGCAAAAAAGGCAAAAGCAGCCCUAGAAAAAUCAAAAUCUAAUUUGGAAGCUGAAAAUGCGGAACUGACAAAUGAAAUAAAAGGUGUGUCCGCAGCUCGGCAAGAAUCCGACAGGAAGCGCAAACAAUUGGAAACACAGGUGCAAGAACUCAUGGUAAAACUUGGAGAAUCGGAUCGAAGUAAGAGCGAGAUCCUCGAAAGAGCCCAGAAAUUGCAGGUUGAACUCGAAGCCGUUAAUAAUCAAUUGGAAGAAAUGGAAAUAAAAGCAUCUCAGGCAUCAAAAAGUACUUCAGCAUUAGAAUCUCAAUUAGCCGAAGCACAGGAAUUACUACAAGACGAAACAAGACAGAAGCUGGCUCUGAGUUCAAAGAUUCGUCAGUUAGAAAGCGAAUUAGAAUCUAUCAAAGAUCAGCUGGAUGAAGAAGAAGAACAAAAGAAAAAUUUAGAAAAACAGGCCACCCAAUUUAACUUGCAGAUUCAAGAGUUGAAAAAACGACUGGAAGAAGAAACCGAAUUGGCAGCAGUUUUAGAGGAACACAGAAAGAAACAGACAAAAGACAUCGAAACACUUCAGAGACAAUUAGAAGAAUUACAAAUAGUUAACAGCAAAUUGGAAAAAUCGAGGAAGAAGCUGCAGUCCGAGGUAGAAGACGUCACAAUAGAGUUGGAGAGCCAAAGAUCGAAAGUAUCCGAGUUAGAAAAGAGACAACGCAAGUUCGAUCAGAUGCUGGCCGAAGAAAAAGCCAUAUCGGAAAGAAUAGCUUCGGAAAGAGAUAAUGCCGAAAGAGAAGCCAGAGAGAAAGAGACUAAGAUUCUGUCUCUUACAAGAGAUUUAGAAGACAAACGAGAUCAGUUCGAAGAAUUAGAGAGAGCCAGAAAGCAGCUGCAAUCAGAAUUAGAAGAGUUGAUUAGCAGACGAGGAACGGCCGAUAAAAACGUUCACGAAUUAGAAAAGGCAAAACGAACAUUAGAAAGUCAAUUAGAGGAACAAAAAACGCAGAUAGAAGAAUUAGAAGACGAGUUACAGUUGACUGAAGAUGCAAAAUUAAGAUUAGAAGUCAAUAUGCAAGCACUGAAAACGCAGUUCGAGAGAGACCUGCAGGCCAAAGACGAACAGGGAGAAGAAAAACGACGUGCCUUAAUAAAACAAGUAAGAGAUUUGGAAACAGAAGUGGAAGACGAGCGAAAGCAGAAAAUGGCCGCCAUAAGCAGUCGCAAAAAGUUAGAAGGGGACUUAAAGGAUUUCGAACAGCAAUUAGAAAUGGCAAACAAGGUCAAAGAGGAUUCCGUACGACAGUUUAAAAAAGCACAGGCUCAGAUGAAAGAUUAUCAGAGAGACUCGGAAGAAGCUAGAGCCAGUAAAGCCGAACUAGUGUUACAGGCAAAAGAAACGGAGAAGAAACUGAAAACGAUGGAAGCCGAACUGGCGCAAGUACAGGAAGACUUAGAAAAUUCGGAGAGAGCCAGACGCGCCGCAGAGUCAGAAAGAGAGGAAUUACAGGAGGAAAUCAGUUCCAAUUCUUCCAAAGGUUCGCUUCUGCAAGACGAGAAGCGUCGUCUGGAAGCCCGCAUCCAGCAACUGGAAGAGGAAUUGGAAGAAGAACAAAGCAAUCUGGAAAUCGUAAUGGAGAAGGCCAGGAAGUCCCAAGCACAGACAGAACAACUGGCAACGGAAUUGGCCAGCGAGAAAGCCACUUCGCAGAAAUUAGAAAACAGCAGACUGAUGCUGGAAAGACAGGUAAAGGAAUUGAGAUCGAAAAUUCAGGAAUUGGAAACGACGCAGCGCGCCAAAUCCAAAGCCACCACCACCGCUCUAGAAGGAAAAAUAACUCAUCUGGAAGAACAGCUGGACGAGGAAGCGAAGGAAAGGCAAGCGGCCACCAAAGCCGCCCGAAGAGCGGAGAAAAAGAUGAAAGAACUUCUCAUACAGAUAGAAGACGAGCGAAGACACGCGGAUCAAUUUAAAGAACAGGUGGAGAAGAGCAACAGUCGCAUGAAAUCCUUAAAAAGACAAGUGGACGAAGCAGAAGAGGAAUGUUCGCGUGAAAAAGCGCAGAGAAGAAAGCUGCAGAGAGAUUUAGAAGACGCUUUGGAAAACAAAGAAGCUCUGGAAAGGGAAAUAGCCAAUCUUAAGAAUCGAAUGAGAAGAGGCGGAUCCAGCGGGUCGACGGGUAGCGGCUACCGUUCCAGCAAACGCAAUCUGGUGUCUUCGAAUUCGGAAGACGGUUCCCUAAACUUGCAGGACGAUUCUCUGGACGACAGUCAGGCUUGAAUUGAUUACUAACACAGCACUGCCUUCCGCAUCGGACGUUGUUCCGGUUGCCCAGCAACAAGCGUGCGCCCGUUCGUCGGGAAGGUCGUGCCUUACAAGAGAGAAUGGGGAUUACGUACCGGUGACCGAGCGACCCCUAACAUUCCUACGUAGUGGCGCGUGUACAGAAUUAACAACGGAGAUACGACGGAGGCGCCGGGCACCGGGAAAGGCAGGAAAUUCGAUACCUUCCGUUGGCUGUUUAUGCAUUCCUUUUUUACUCGAUUAGCAUGAAUAACGGCACAAACAUUCAGGGAAUUAUUUUAGCCAUUUUCGUUCCUCUCGUCUUACUUAAUCCGGGCCACGACGGAACGGAAACCACGGAAAUAGCGUUUAUAUAUGUAGUCCUUCUGAUUGUGUAAAGAAUGCAAAAAACGAAAAUAAUCACGAAUGUACGCAUUAAAAACUUGUGUGAUUUAUAAAAA